CACUGACAGAGUGGCGACCAUUCCCUGAAGCUCCCAUCCAGGCGAGGGCCGCUGCAGCAUCCGCAAAGAGGGAAUACGGUUUUCUAAAAGCUUGAAUUCAAAGGUGGAAUUGGACAAAACAUGUCUUACCAAGGAAAAAAGAACAUCCCAAAGAUCACAAGCGACAGGCUUCUGAUCAAAGGCGGGAGGAUCGUGAAUGAUGACCAGUCCUUCCAUGCCGAUAUCUACAUGGAGGAUGGCCUCAUUAAGCAGAUCGGAGACAACCUGAUCGUGCCCGGUGGGGUGAAGACCAUCGAGGCCAACGGGAAGAUGGUGAUCCCCGGUGGCAUUGACAUUCACACCCAUUUCCAAAUGCCGUACCGUGGAACCACAACCGUGGAUGACUUCGCUCAGGGAUCUAAGUCUGCUCUCGCUGGGGGCACGACCAUGAUCGUGGACCACGUGAUCCCAGAGCCCGGCUGCAGCCUGAUGGAGGCCUAUGACCAGUGGAGGCAGUGGGCUGAUGAGAAGACCUGCUGCGACUACUCCCUCCAUGUGGACAUCACCCACUGGAACGACAGCGUCAAGCAGGAGGUGGAUAGCCUCAUCAAGGAGAAAGGUGUGAACAUGUUCCAGGUCUACAUGGCUUACAAGGACUACUACCAGAUGAGCAACAGUGAGCUUUAUGAUGUCUUUACCUUCUUGGCGGAGAGGGGAGGCAUCGCUGAAGUCCAUGCUGAGAAUGGCGAGAUCAUUGCUGAGGAGCAGGCCCGUAUGCUGCAGAUGGGUAUCACUGGACCGGAGGGGCACGUGCUGAGCAGGCCAGAAGAGCUGGAGGCAGAAGCGGUGUUUCGUGCCAUCACCAUCGCCAGCCAAACCAACUGUCCUCUCUAUGUGACCCGGGUCAUGAGCAAGAGUGCUGCUGACAUCAUCUCACAGGCCCGGAAAAAAGGACAUGUCGUGUUUGGGGAGCCAAUCACGGCCAGCCUGGGGACUGAUGGAACACAUUACUGGAGCAAGAAUUGGGCCAAGGCAGCUUCUUUUGUAACAUCACCUCCUCUCAGCCCGGAUCCCACCACUCCAGACUAUCUGAACACACUGCUGUCCAGUGGAGACCUGAGUGUGACUGGCAGUGCUCACUGUACCUUCAGCGUGGCCCAGAAGGCCAUUGGCAAGGACGACUUCACUCAGAUCCCAGAAGGUGUUAACGGUGUGGAGGAGAGGAUGGUUCUCAUCUGGGACAAAGCUGUGACUACAGGUAAAAUGGACGAGAACAUGUUUGUGGCAGUCACCAGCACCAAUGCAGCUAAGAUCCUGAACCUGUACCCUCGCAAGGGCCGGAUCGCCGUGGGCUCUGAUGCUGAUCUGGUCAUCUGGGACGCAGACUCCAUCAGCACCAUCACUGCCAAGACACACAACUCGGCUGCUGAGUACAAUGUCUUUGAAGGCAUGGAGCUUCGUGGGGCCCCACAAGUGGUGAUCUGCCAGGGGAAGAUUGUUCUGGAAGAUGGGAACCUGCAUGUCACCUCCGGCGUGGGUCGCUUCAUUCCCUGCUCUCCCUAUCCUGACUUUGCCUACAAGCGUGUUAAAGCAAGGAAGCAGCUGGCGGUCCUGAGGGCAGUACCCAGGGGAAUGUACGACGGCCCGGUGUCUGAAUUCUCCAUGUCCCGUGGUGGCACCCCCUCUGCUUCGGCACGCACCUCUCCAACCAAACAGCCUGUCAGAAACCUGCACCAGUCUGCAUUUAGUCUAGCAGGUAACCCUGCACCAUGCGGUCCCCCCACCCCAGACGACAUCCCCAUCAGGCCUGCUGGCCGGCGUAUCGUAGUGCCCCCUGGUGGCCGUUCCAACAUCACAUCCCUCAGUUAAACAGCAGGAGGACGAGGGGAUGCAUCCAGCAAAUGACAGCAGCCAGAGUGCAGGAUUGAGGGUGGGGGGGAGGGUCAAGGGGAGGGAGGGAGGGAGGAGCAGAUGCAGAGGACCAUGAUUAGUUAAAAGUUAAAAGAGCAAAACACUGAAUCCUCAUGCCUUACCUGUCACGACGCUACCUUGCUCAGAUGAGAACAGUAUCCCUUUUCCUGGGGAAUUUCUAUUGAGGUGGUUUAUUAUUACAACUUAUUAUACCACCAAAGCACUAAACACAUAACCAGUCUUUAGCCUCACUUCUUCUUAGCAGAUAAUACACCACAAAUACAGUAAAACAUGUUCACUUUGUGCUUUGGUAAUGGGAAAGUACACCAGUAAAACUGCAUACCAUCACAUUCAACCAAGAUAAAAAAACAAACAAACUCAAAGGAAAAUGGAUACGGCUUUUCUCAGAAUGACGCUAUGGUUCUUUCAUCCUGUUUGGCUUUCAAUGUCACCCCCUUUUCAGUAGCCUGCUUUCUCCAUAGUCAGCAAAACGUAACACUAGAUCCCACAUUAGCCAUGUAUUAUCAUGCAGUACCAUUAAUUAGCACUAGGUGGCAUUGUAUAUACAGUAGAUGUAAUGUAGCUUUGUGAAUGAUGUUGUUGCAGCCUGUUUGGGUUUACUGGACCAAGUAAAAGGUAUUUGUCACCUCUCAGAGCAGGAGUGCUGCUGGACAUGGAGCUGCAUGGGCCACAGUUAUAUGGGUGACGUGAUCCAUGAUCCUUUGGCUCCACCCCUCCUCUGAAACGAUGACAAAUACCAUCCCCAUGAUGUAUGGAUUGAAUACUUAUUGAUGUUAAAAGGGAGACAGACAAAGAAAGAAUACAAAAGAAUAGAGAAAUACAAUUUUAGAAAUGGUUUUACAAUUCUUUAUGAGACUUUAAUGUGAGUUUUUAUUUCCUGCGCUCCGUCAUGGCUGUUUUUAAAAAAAAGUACAUUUAAAGAAACCGUCCUUUGCAUUUGCUUCUAGCUCAUUGGCUGCUCUUGAAAUCAUCUUGAAAAGGAAAAUGGAGGAAAAAAAGUUGAAAAAAAAAAUUUCAAGAGAAGUACGAAUACACACCCUCGUAGCUCAACUGUAACUUUUAAAGAAGAGCAAAUCGAGGGCAACAAAGAAAACCAGAUGCAAUGAAAUUAAUUAGUAACAAACACCUGCUUUCAGAUAACAGCAUCUCACCUCUUGCUUUAACUUUUUCAUUCCUGACAAACUGAGCUCUCAUAUAAGGACAAGAGGAACACCAUCAUUCCCUUGUCAGCCCAACAUAGCCCUCUAACGCAAUACUGACCAAAACUAAUGCAACAUCAGCCUGAAAAUAACCGACGGGCCAAGUUAGUCUACCUGAAACACUCUGGAUCUGAUUGUGUUGGGGAGGCCUUAGAGCUCUUUUCUAUGUCUCUGCUGUUUUCUGAUAAGGCAGAGGAUUGUGGUGCAGUAAGGGAAGCUUUUAUUUUGUCGCUGUCCCACUGUGGGGGAGGGAGGGAAGGAGGUGGCGCUUUUAUUUUGGCAGUGGUGGGGCAGACUCCGAGGCAGGCACAAAUGGUGGUUUGUUGUAUUUAUGUUAGUUUGACAACCUUUGUUAUUGUUUUUAUGUUGUUUCUUUUUUACUGUUGUAUCAAAACCCAGAGAUGGCAGGUCAAAAAUAAGGUGUGUUGUGGAGGUAUGAUUUGUUUCCUGAAUAAACACGAGUUGCAACUGA